AUGAAGAUCACACUCACUGUCGGAGCUACAAGGCAUCCAGUUGAGAUACCAGAAGAUGCUACUGUUAAAGACUUGAUGCAAACUGUUGUCGAAAAAUGUAAAAUAACCCCAGAGAAUCAGAAACUCAUUCACAGGGGUGUCACAAUCUCCAGUGAUCCGGAAAAACUCUUAACGUCAUGCGAUGUUAAAUCCCGGAGCAGAGUGAUGGUGAUCGGGAAGAGAUAUGAUGAUGGAGAAGAUGUUGCUCUUCACAACUUAGAAAUGAUUGAAAAAGAUGUCCGGAGCGUGAUGAGGACUUUUGACGAACUGCACGAACAAAUCGACAGUAUCAUGAAAGGGUUUUUGGAUGAGGAGCAUAAGAACAAAGCUUUUAAACAGAUCAAGAAGAAGUUGCUCACAUCUUCCCAUCUUCUGAUGCAGAGUCUUGAAACGAUGGAUCAAAUGGUCCUUGGUCCUGAGUUUUCAAAUGCCAGAAGGAUCCGUAAAACUAUGGUUGAUAAAAUUCAAUCUGCGUUAACUAGUUGUGAUAAGCUUGUUGCAAUGGUCGAUAAAUUUAUUGCUGUGUAA